CUCAAGAGAAGACAAUGACAGAGGAGUUUUGGCGACACAAACACAGCUCAUACUCUUCUUCAUCACCAACAUUUCUCUUCUCUUUGUUUUUCUAAUAAAUUUUCAAAUCAUUUUUCUUCCAUUAAAUUCUUCUCCGUCUCUCUUUUAUUCUCGGAUUUCAGUUUUUUUUUUAAUAUUUUUUUUUAUUUUUUAUUUGGGGCAAAAAUUGAAGUUUGAAUUUAUUGGAGCGGCCAUGGCUUGGAUCGAGUAGAAAAUUAGGGCUUUCUGGUUCAGCUUCAUCACUUCAAUUCUUGCUUCCCAGCCAGAUUAAUCCGAUAAUGUUGUCGAAAGUCGAAGCUGGGAAGAAAAUUGGUGACGAUUCAGGAAAUGGGAAAUUGUUGAAUGAGAUUGAAGCUAUUAGUAAGGCCUUAUACCUGGACAAAAACCCUUCUAGGAGUUUGAUUCCUCGUCCGGACAACAAAUUGAAGUCCGGUUCGAAUCUUAAGCAUGGAAUCGAAGAGCCGUCGAAGAAGGAGAAGAAGUCUAUUUGGAAUUGGAAACCCUUGAAGGCGUUUUCGCACAUCCGAAAUCGCAGAUUCAACUGUUGUUUCUCUCUCCAAGUGCAUUCUGUCGAGGCGUUGCCGUCGAGCUUCGAGAAUUUUAGUCUAUGCGUGCAUUGGAAGAGGAGGGACGGGGAUUUGGUCACUCGGCCGGUGAAGGUUCACCAGGGGACGGCGGAGUUUGAGGAGAGAUUGAGCAUUACGUGCUCAGUCUAUGGUAGUAGGAAUGGGCCCCACCAUUCGGCAAAGUAUGAGGCAAAGCAUUUCUUGCUAUACGCUUCUGUGUACAGUGCACCAGAGCUUGAUUUGGGCAAGCAUCGGGUUGAUCUCACAAAGUUGCUCCCUUUGACAUUAGAGGAAUUGGAGGAGGAGAGGAGUUCGGGGAAAUGGACGACUAGUUUUAAGUUAACCGGAAAGGCGAAAGGCGCUGUGAUGAAUGUUAGUUUUGGGUACACGGUUGCUGGGGAUAGUUCAGGUGGACAUGGAAAGUACAGUGUUCCUGAGAUGUUGCGCUCGAAACAGAAUAAUCUGAGCUUGGUGAAAUCUGGGACGAAAUUUGGUCAAGGUGAUCGAAGGGGUGCUAUGCGGCGUGCUGAUAGUCUUCCUAGUAUAUCAAAGACGCAGUUUCAUGCCGUGGCUCAAUCUGUGGAGGAUGUAAAGGAUCUUCAUGAAGUUUUGCCUGUGUCUAGGUCGGAACUUGCCAGUUCAGUGGAUGUGCUGUACAGAAAACUUGAAGAGAACCUAGAUAAGCCAGUCAAUCAUAGUGCUGAGUUUGAUGGGUUCACUGAGCAUGUUGAGCCUGUAAAACUGCACGCCUAUCCGGUGGCUGAUUCCGAUGGAGAAAAUGUAGACCAUGGCUGUGAAGACAACGAGUUUUCUGUGACUGAACAGGGUGUAGAAUUAUCGUCAACAGAACUGGUGAAGUCGGAGGAAGCUAUUAUAGAGACUGCUGAUGAAUAUUCGGUUGUCAGUCAUGACGGUGUUGAAAUUCACACUGAUGUUCAGGUACAUAUUAAAGAGGAAACUAAGUUUUGUUCUCACGACGAGUUAGACAGCAGUCAUAAAGACAAGCUUGUGGUACAUGACUGCAUUUCAGUAGAGGAUAAUCUAUGCACAAAAGAAUCAAUCCUGAAAGAGUUGGAGUCAGCUUUGAACAGCGUCGCAGAUUUGGAGGCAGCGGCAUUAGAAUCUCCUGAAGAGAAUGAGAACUACGAAGAAGCUAAAUUGGACUACGAAAGUAGUACAAUAUGGAAGUCACAUCGCUUGGAUGAUUUAACAGAAUCAGUUGCAAAUGAGUUCUUUGACAUGCUUGGGCUAGAGCAUAGUCCAUUUGGCUUGAGUUCGGAGAGCGAGCCCGAGUCCCCAAGAGAGCGUCUCUUAAGAGAAUUUGAAAAGGAGGCCCUUGCUGGGGGUGGGUCUUUAUUUGGUUUUGACCUAGACAAUGAGGACCAAGCAGAGUCCAGCUACAGUGAUACGAUUGGGAUGGAUUGGGGAAACUCCACUGAGGAUCUUGAAUUUUCAUCGAUCAUUCAAGCUGCUGAAGAAGAGCAUCUGAUCGCAACUCAGGCAGAAAGGGGUAAAACAAAGGCAAAGAUGUUGGAAGACUUGGAGACGGAAGCGCUGAUGCAUGAGUGGGGCUUAAAUGAGAGAGCUUUUCAGCAUUCUCCCCCAAAAAGCUCUGCUGGUUUCGGGAGUCCAAUUGAUUUGCCUCCAGAACAGCCACUUGAAUUGCCUCCUCUUGGAGAGGGAUUAGGUCCAUUUCUUCAGACAAAGGACGGAGGGUUUCUUCGGUCUAUGAAUCCUGGCCUUUUCAAGAAUGCUAAAAAUGGUGGGAACUUGGUCAUGCAGGUUUCUAGCCCUGUUGUAGUUCCAGCAGAAAUGGGUUCUGGUAUAAUGGACAUAUUGCAGGGUUUGGCAUCUGUUGGAAUCGAAAAGCUUUCCAUGCAGGCAAAUAAGUUGAUGCCUUUGGAAGAUAUCACUGGUAAAACAAUGCAACAAAUAGCAUGGGAAGCUGCGCCAGCAUUAGAGGGACCCCAGAGUGAAAAUUUCUUGCAGCAUGAAUCAGUGGUUGGGCAGGAUAAGUUGGGAGGCCAAACGAGUGUUAAGGAGAGAUCAUCUGGGCGAAAGUCUAGUAAGACUACUUCACGCUCAGUAGGCAGUGAGAUGGAUUCCGAAUACGUGUCUCUUGAAGAUCUUGCUCCUUUGGCCAUGGAUAAGAUUGAAGCACUUUCAAUUGAGGGGUUGAGAAUACAGUCCGGGAUGUCUGAUGAGGAAGCACCUUCAAAUAUCAGCGCUAAGUCUAUUGGGGAGAUUUCAGCUCUCCAGGGUAAGGGGGUUGACCUCAGUGGGUCCCUUGGUAUGGAAGGAUCUGGUAGUUUGCAAUUGUUGGACAUAAAAGAAAGCAGCGAAGAUGUCGAUGGGUUAAUGGGCUUAUCACUUACUCUUGACGAAUGGAUGAGACUGGAUUCGGGUGAGAUUGAUGACGAUGAUCAGAUCAGCGAGCGUACUUCCAAAAUCCUUGCAGCUCAUCAUGCUCACUCCUUGGACUUCAUUCGUGGAGGAACAAAAGGAGAUAGAAGAAAAGGCAAAGGAUCUGGAAGAAAGUGUGGUCUGUUAGGGAACAACUUCACUGUAGCAUUAAUGGUGCAACUUCGGGACCCGAUGAGGAACUAUGAGCCUGUCGGAGCGCCAAUGCUUUCUCUCAUUCAAGUAGAGAGAGUGUUCAUCCCCCCAAAGCCUAAAAUAUACAGCACGGUUUCUGAACUAAGGAAAUAUAGUGAGGAUGAUGAUGAUGAGUCCGAGCCAGUAGCAAAGGAGGACAUAAAAGAGGAGAAGAAAGAAGAGAGAGCACCAGAAGAGCAAGGCAUUCCUCAGUAUAGAAUCACAGAAGUCCAUGUUGCAGGCCUGAAAACGGAGCCUGGCAAAAAGAAGCUAUGGGGUACGCCAACGCAGCAACAGUCCGGAUCUCGUUGGCUGGUUGCUAAUGGAAUGGGGAAAGCCAAUAAGAAUCCAUUUUUGAAGUCGAAGACCGUCUCUAAAUCUAGCGCACUAUCAACAGCAACAGCAACUACAAAAGUGCAACCUGGUGAAACCUUGUGGAGCAUCUCGUCUCGUGUUCAUGGUACAGGAGCAAAAUGGAAGGAAUUGGCGGCAUUAAAUCCGCAUAUCCGGAACCCGAACGUCAUACUCCCUAAUGAAACUAUAAGGUUGCGCUGAUGGAUGAAAUAUGAACCUCACUGUAUUUUUUAACCGAUUGGUUCACUCUUUAUCCUCAGACAAGGUGGCAAAUGGAAGAAACUAUUGUAAACAGAAUAAUCGAUGAAUUGUAUUUGUUGGGUUCGUACUCUCAUUUCAUAGAUGAUCAAAGAAUAGGCAGCUGAUGAGUGAGGACAAAGUGAUUUUGUUGUAUUUUCACUUCUUUUGUAAAUCCACAUGGUUUUGUAAUGUAAUCAAGUAUGCGUGUAUUUGUAACUUGAAAGUGGUGUCCUAUUGAAGGAAUUUGGUUUUCAUUUCACGAUCAUAAAAUAUAAUGGGUUAACUUCUU